CCUCCAUUUAACUUUCAUCUGUUUAUAUAAUAUAACUAUAUCAAAUAAGCAUGCGACGAAGGCAAGCAGGUGUGGGUCAUACACAACAAAAGGACAGACUUGGCCGUGAUUUUCAACAAAUUGGGGAUUCCAUAGCUGCCAAGGAACUAGAACAGCUUCAACGACAACUCGAAACAUUCAAACAAAACUUGGAAGAAUUUGCAUGGAAGCAUCAAAAGGAUAUCAAGAAGGAUCCCAUGUUUCGGUCUCAUUUCCAACGAAUGUGUGCAAAUAUAGGAGUGGAUCCUUUGGCAUCGAACAAGGGGUUUUGGGCUGAUAUGCUUGGGGUAGGGGACUUUUAUUAUGAACUUGGGAUUCAAAUCAUUGAAGCAUGUAUGCAAACAAGAUCAAGAGAUGGUGGAUUGACGGCUUUACAAGAUUUGACUAAACGAUUAGAUCGAAUGCGAAGCAAGGAAGGUCGAAAACAUCAAGAAAUCAUAGAGGAUGAUAUUAUUCGAGCCAUCAAAACUUUAAAACCUUUAAAUGGUGGAUUUCAAGUCAUUACAUUAGGUGCCAAAAAAAUGGUUCGUUCUGUUCCUAAUGAAUUGGAUAAAGAUCAAGCUGGAUUGUUACUAUUGGCUCAGAGAUUGGGAUACGUAGACUAUCGCAUGAUUCAAAAAGAAUUAGCUUGGGAUGAUCCUCGGAUUGAACAUGGAUUGGAUCAGUUGAUUCAAGAUGGACUUGUCUGGGUGGAUGAUCAAGGCGAUACAAAACAAUAUUGGGUACCUAGUUAUUUUGAUAUGAUGGACUAGUUAGAUUUAAUUUUUUUUUUAUAAUAAAGAUGAUUUAUUUAUAUAGAAGACAAAAAA